AUGUCUAAAGCACCAAAUAAAGAGAUAAACCCCUAUAUACCGAAGUAUAUAACAUCAAAACCAUGGUAUCAAGAUGCGCAACAAACCAAGACCAAGCAUGAAGAAGAAGGCGACAAUAAUGGCCAAUCCGAUGACUACCUAUCUCAUCAUCGAAAACAACCCAAAGAAAUCGUCGAUUAUAGUCAGGCCAAAAUUGGUUCAGGGAUUCAGGACAAUUUCGAAGGAAGUAUUCGAAAAGAUGUGACUGGUGACAAUUAUGACAUGAAGCGAGAUAGAUGGUAUGGCUAUUCUCUGGAGGAAUGGCUAGAUCAGAUUAAGAAAUGGGAAGAGUCACAUCAACAACAACAGAAAACAAAACGACGAAAAGUAGAUAAAAAUAAGAAUGGGGAUGAAGAUUCUGAUGAUACUGAUUAUGAAUUAGAAUUAAUUGAAUUGGGUCUCGAAAAGAAAGAUAUCUUUAGUAAUAUCAAAGAAGACCCUAUGGAGAAGAUGUUACGUGAUAGACAAGAUAUACCGUCCUAUAUAUAUAAUAUCACCAGUAAUGAAAACAAUAAAAUCCGAUUAGAAUAUGAUCCAAAAUCAAGAAUCACUAAGGAUCCAAGUAAAGGGUUUUUAAAUGAUCAAAAUCAAUUUAUUAAACGACGUGAAGGAGAUGCUAAAGAUUUAACUAAUUUACAAAAAUUAGCUUGGGAAUUAGAUCAACAAGAUAAAAAGAAAUCAUUAGCUAUUUUGAAGGAACAAGAAAUUGAAGCAGAAAAUAUACCGGAGACUGAUUUGAAGUAUAGUCUUGAAGCUAGUCCGACUUUGAUGAUGUUGAAAGCUAAACAAGCAAAAGAGGAACAAUUAAGGAGAUCAGCUUUGAAAAGACAAGAAUUAUUGAAUAAAUAUGGAAGUGCAAGUUCUGCUUCCAAAGACAGCACUGACAUAACACCACCGAUACACGCACAACAGUACCAGUCCGACCAGAACCUGGAAUCAAUCAGUGAUCCAACCUUGGAUAAGAAUGGAUUGAGAAAAUCUCGAUAUGUGGAAGACCAAAUAGGACUAGACCAUACAACUAUUUAUGGAAGCUUUUAUAAAAAUGGGAAAUGGGGAUAUUCAUGUUGCAAACAACUAGCCAAGAAUUCAUAUUGUACCAAUAGCAAACCAUGA